GUUGUGUAUGUUCCACUGUAACAGGUUUGAUUUGACCUGACACAGACAGAUCUGAUCUAGUGCUACACAUCAAAUGAACAGGUUCAGUUAUGGUUCACAUAUGAAGGACACAUAGACAGAAUCCGAUUAAAACAAAACCAGAUUGUCUGCAUUUGUGCCACGUGUAAUUAUCACAUAUGCUGACGUAACAAAUGUGUAAAAGUAAUGCUUGAGGUGGGAACAAGAGCCGGUUUUAUUUCACGGCCAAGGUUAUUUUGUUUAUAAUAUAAUGUAGCAUGGUGUAGUGUAGUUUUUAAUCAACCACAUCAUUUAUACAAACUAUAAAUCCACUAGAGAAAUUCGUUUUACUUUCAUUCGUUCAACUUGCAUUUUGGGUUUUAUUGUAGUAAUAACGGUAAUUAGGCCUAUAGUAAUAACAGUAAUAACAAAAUGCGUCAAUUUGCCUCCGCAAUUGUGGUAAUUACGAUUAAUUUUGUAGCCUAUUGAGUUGACGAAUCGAAAUAUUCUGUGAUUUAUCUCUAAAGUGUUUUUAUUCAGUAGAGCUCACCUAGUGCUCGGUAUGUGGGCGGGGCUACUGAACACCUCUCAGGUGCAAAGAGAACGUCAUCGUGCGAGGAGCGCUCUGAUUGGCUGGACGGGUUCUGCGUUUGGCAUGUAGGAGUUUGGCUUUGGUGAGGUAGAGGAUCGCACUUGUCGAUUUAAAGGCGGAAAGCGAACAACAUUAUUAUAAACAAAUUAUAACACCCGGCGCCAAUGCUUCUGUUUCUUAUUAAAUGAAAAAGUUUUUUGUUUUUGACACGCACUUGUUUUGCGUUAGUGGUGAGAAGGUAUUCAGAAAACAGCAAGACAUCUGCCUUCAUUCCAGACAUGGAGCUCAGGGAGGAGUGGCAAGACGAGGAAUUUCCCAGGCCUCUUCCUGAGGAUUCACACGGUCCUGAUGAUGAAGAUGAAAGCCCUGGAGCUGACAGUAACAGGCCUGUCCCACCAACCAGCCUGGCCCUGACAGGCAACAGUGUCAGAAAGAAGCGUCUAGUGGCACCUGCUCUUAGUCUCACUUUGGACCAAAUCUCUACUGACCGGAGCUUGAAAUCAGACGAGUUUGAUGCUUCUGCGCUGUCGCCGUCUUACGAAGAUGAUCCAGACCUGGAUAUUAACCUGGAGGCCUUAGAAACCCCUUCAGACAGCGAGUCUUGCAACUUUCCAGACAGUAUGCGCGAUUUGGAGUGGGAAGAUGAUCUUCCUAAAAUGGGCAAAGCGGCGCUCAGGAAGGGCAGUUUGCUGGAUCAGGCAGAAAUGGGACACUUGGAGUUGGAUCAGGUGGACGGUAAUGGUGUGCGAUGGAGACGCUUCCAUAUUGGCGGGCAGGACUACCAAGUCAACAUGAGUGUUCUGGAACCUUACCUCCAAGUUCUCUCCCACGGAGGGUAUUUUGGGGACGGAUCUACAGCCGUCAUCAUGUUUACCUCCUGCUACCUACCAGAGAAUACAAUACAACACUAUGAAUAUGUGAUGGACAAUCUCUUCAGGUACAUCAUUGGCACGUUGGACCUGAUGGUGUCUGAGAAUUACAUACUAGUGUAUUUGUGUGGCAUGGCUCCCCGCAAUAAGAUGCCUGGCAUUAAAUGGCUCAGGCAAUGUUACAUGUCCAUUGACAGAAGAUUAAGGAAGGACCUGAAAGGUCUUCUUGUGGUUCACCCUGCGUGGUACGUGAGAGCUUUAAUCACAGUCAUCAAACCUUUCAUCAGUGAGAAGUUUGGCAGGAAGAUGCGCUUCAUCCACAGCUUGCAGGAACUGGCUGAGUUUGUUCCUGUGGACCAGCUGCAAAUCCCAGAAUGCAUCAGAGAGUUUGAUGGGCAGCUCAACAGGUGAAGGUGUCUGAUGCAAACAUUGAUGUGUACAUACUGUAUAGACUUCACACUGGGGUGACUGGGGUUAAAGGUCAAGCUUCAGGGCAUUGACAGAUAACUGCUUCCUAGCAGAUGAUACAAAAGGACAGUGUCUGGAGGAGAGCGACACAUCUGUGUCAUCCUAUUGAGGCCGGAUGAUGAGAAUACUGUGAGGAACAUGAAAGAACUCCAUUGAUUUAAACUGUUACAAAACAAACCUCAACACAGCGUUUCGUAGACAACCAAAUUAAGUUUAUACCUUUAUAAAAGGUAUUUUGAGCAUAUAAAAGCUUGCCAAGUUGAAGGGAAUAUUUCAAGGCUAUCAAGAUUCACUUUUUUAUGUUUAGAUUUUUUAUAUGCUUGAUGUGGCCAAAACUGAAUUUAAUAACGUUGUAUUGUUGUAUGGAUCUUUAUUCGUAUGUGCACUAAGUUUAUGACAAUGUCUCAUUGUAAGUCUAAUCUUUAUCUGAAAGUCAUAUAAACUAUGAUUCAUAUAAUAAUUGCUUAGAAUAAUUCUUUAGACUAUCAUCUGUCUCCAGAGCCUGCAAUUACAGGGAUUUGUUUUACUUUGUCAACUUUUCUGUUAGGUUUUAUGAAAUCGCUUUUUAAAUAUAUUUUGUGUGUAGGUUAUUUUUAUGUAGUAUAUACCUUUUUGUUUAAUUUACAGAUUUAAUCAUCUUCAAUCCAGACAUAAUUAAAUCUAGCAGUGGUGAUGACUCAAAUGUUUUGAUGCAGAAUCAAAGAGCUGAACGAAACAAAGGGGUAUUUUAUGUGAAAAAUGAUUUGUUGUUUUUUGUUCAUUUAAAAGUGGUUGCCUUAAAAUGUUAAGUUAAUUCAACUUAAUAUAAGUUGAAAUAACUCAAUUAAUGUCUCGUUGAAUUGACUAAAUUCGAUGAACCAACAAUUUUUUUUACAGUGUGUAAGGUGAUCUGUUGUUUAGUUUAUAUUAGUGUAUAUAUGUUAAAUAUUGAUAUUAAAAUAUAUGUGAGGGGGUUUUCUUAUUGAAGAUGGUGGAGAAACGUUCUCUUCAGUUCAGCUGCCGUUUGUAAAAUGGCCCUUUCAUUUUAUAGACUCUCCUAUGUGCAAAUAUUUAUACAAGGUCACACUUGAACAACCUGGACAUUCAACAGCAGACGUGUACUACAUCUUUUUACAAUAUUUAUGGCAAUAAAUGAUUAUACUGUUAAACAUAUGCUUUGAUG